AUGGCAACUGGAUUGGUCUCUUUGCGACACUUGGCGACUCGCACUUCAGCAAUUACAGCAAAGCCUGUAUUCGUUGGAGCAGGUGUAAGCAUUCGAAGCUUCGCCACCUCUCAGCCACAGGAUCGCAAGCAGGCACCUCAAGCCAUUCAGAACUGGGACGAUUACUUCAAGCUUCGAGCGAAGCGAAGAAACUAUGAACGUAUUUGCUGCAUUCCUAGCUCCAUCACUGCUCUAGGUGCUGCAGGUACCUAUUUUACCCAGUUGGAAAUCGAUCCCCUACACACCGUCUUUGGAAUGGAAGCACUUCCCGUGUAUGGAAUGGCUACCGUACUUGCAGGUUUUGGUGGUUUCCUAGCCGGUCCUUUCAUUGGUAGUGGUGUCUUCAAGUUGAUGAACCGGGGUGCUACUCGUUCCAUGGACCAUUUGGACAGAGUAUUUUACGAACAUAUUAAGAAGAACAGAGCGGAUGCUCGACUCAACUCUAUUCGUAACCCUGUUCCUGAUUACUAUGGCGAGAAAAUCAAAAGCGUCUCAGAUUAUAGAUCGUGGUUGAGAAAGCAGCGCGAACAUUACAGAAAGGGCGUUUUCGGCGGCAAGCUUGAUGAAGACUAA